CCAAACCGAUCUAAGUCAACAUUUUUCAUCUGGAGGUAACCAAAAAAAUCUUCACAUUAAGGGAAAUAAUCCAAAUUUUGUCUAACUACUUAUUUUAUGUCAUCAAUCAUCAUAUAGUACAUCACACACGCUUCCAGUUUUUACCCAUAAAAUCAAGCCAGCACCUUUCUGUAUUCUAUAAGCACAAAUCGUUCAUUCAGAAGGUAGCUUCAAUGUCCAUUCACCAUGGGCGUGGCAGUGAAGCUAAGGGAAUGCACUUCUAUCAGACUAUUCAACUUCGUCAGUUGCAAGACCAACAACUUAUGGUUCCAAGGAAUUUUGUAGAGAGAUAUUGGAAAGAUGUAUCAAAUCCAAUAUCCCUUAGACUUCCAAAUGAGUCUAUGUGUAAAAUGUUUUGGGUGCAAUUGGGUGAUGAUAUUUGGCUUCAGGAUUGGAAAAGGUUUGCACGGUCGCUUAGAUGCGGAGAUCUUUUAGUUUUUCAAUACAAAGGAGGAUCAUAUUUUCAUGUCAUUAUAUUUGAUGAUAGUAAAUUAGAAAUUGACUAUUCAAGUAUGAUUUGCAACGAUGAACAAGAAGAUAAAGAGAGUGAUGAUGAUGAUGAUGAUGAUGAUGGCUAUGCUGAGAUUACAAAUGAUUGUGACAAUACCAAACAAUCUCUCAAGAAAAAGAAAAUCAACUCAAACGAUAGUGCUACUACUUUUGCUACACCACAAGUGAAAAAGAUUCACAAGAGAAAAAUUAACAUGAAGGCAACCCAGCAAAAAAUCUCAGAGGCUAAUGGAAAGAUAGGAGGCAGCGGUAAGAAAGCUACGAAAUCCUCAAAAACUGUAGAUGCAAAUAAGAGAAGGUGCACCAAUUCUCAUCAUCCCGAUGAGAAUCCCAAUUUCACUCUCAAAUUAUCGCGAUCUUGUGUGGAAGGUCAUAAAUUAAGAUUGACGAUACCUAGUUGGUUUUCGAAAGAGUACAUGAAUGAGUUGUUGCAAGGGAAUGCAACGAUUAGAAGUGUUAGUGAUGAAAAGACAUGGCACGUGACAUUAAGCUUUGAUGAACGCAAUAGAAAUUUUAAAAUGGGUGGUGGUUGGAGAUCAUUUUCGCGAGAACAUAACUUGCAAGUCGGUGAUGAAUGUAAAUUUGAGAUGACUGAACGAGAACCUCUAUCAUUCGCAAUUACUAUUGUUCAAGCUACAAAGGAACCAUGCCCGGAGCAGUUUCAAGAAAACCAACGAGUCAAAGAAAAAUCAGAGACAUCGCCGGUAGUAGAUAUGGAUAAUGUGGGCAAUUUUGGAGAAGGAAUUUCAAGGAGCUGCCCAAAAACACAUGGUAUUAAUAAUUAUGAAAGUCCGAAUUUACAUAAUAAAUUCAAGGUCUCUGUAACAACAUUAGACAAGCUGAUCAUACCAAGUGAGUUCUUGAAGAGACACAAUAUAUCUAAUGGAAAUUCAGUCGAGUUGAAAGUAGGGGAAGGAACAUGGUUUGUUGAGGUGAGUUAUAAUGAAGAUCUUGAUUAUGGGGGCUUCACUAAAGGUUGGAAAGAAUUUGUGAGAGAAUGCAAAGUGAAGAUUGGAGACACUUGUUUUUUUGAGAUGAUUGAUUUACAAAAUCAUGUGUUCAAGGUUUCAAUUAUCCUAGAUGUUUAGAAGAACAUACGUGUUUGUUUCAUAAUUUUGUAAUUAGAUGUAUGUCAUAUUUCAAAUGAACAUCAAUCACUCUAUGGAAUACAAGUGAACGAUCACUAUUGGUCGUGUUGUUUUAGAACUUUCACUUUUUGACAUGGGAUAGCUUGUAACACUCACUCUAGCUAGCUAGAUAUUAAGUUAUGAUUAUGAUGUGAUUAUUAGUUUA